GUUCGCACUAGGGCCUCUAAGAUGUCAGGGCUAGCCCUGAUUUUAUUUAUUGUCCUGCAUGACACAUACUUCCUUUGUAUCGUAAUAUUUAUCGCUGGGAGUUUCCAAUACAAAAUUCGUCAUGCACAAUAUUUUUUGUUAUUUUCUAAACUACCCUCCCACCUCUCUCACUCACCCACUCUCUGGCUCGCUCAGCCGAAUCCCUAUCUCGUCGCCGCCGCCGCCUCUCCUUGGCACGCGUCGCCGAUGCCUCUCCCUCUCGCGUCGUCGCCGCCGCCGCCUCUCCUUGGCACGCGUCGCCGAUGCCUCUCCCUCUCGCGUCGUCGCCACCUUUCUGUUGGCCCUGUCGCUGUCGCCCCUUACAAGACCUCAAUUUCACUCUCCGGCAGGUGGAUCCGGAGCGCGACGGCUCGAGUUGCAAUGCCAGCAGCUGUGGCAUGACCAGGGUGACGACUGCUCCCUGAUGCCGCCACCCUUCGCAAGGAGCGACGACAGCUCGAAGCUCUGCGGCACGGCGUGGCCGACCACCCGUCCACGUCCCCACCGUUGCCGCCUACCGACCACACGACGUCGCUCUCGUCCAGCUGGAAACAUGCACCGUCGUGGCCCAUCUCCAGCUGCUUCGGCAGGCCAAGAAACCAGAACGCCCACGCACUCGGCGACCUCGGCAUCUCCAUCCACCGUCUCAGCAAGCGCUACCUCGCCCGGCUCCCACAUAGCUGAUGACGUUCAUGAUGGUCAGUGGAACGAUGGUGGACAGGUGGUUGCGGUCGGCGGUGCAGGACAUGAAAGAAAAUAACUUGACAGAGGUUUUAUGUCCGUGUCGAAAAUGCAAAGGAAUAGUUUGGCUCGACCCCUAUGACGAUGGUCGUGUCGAAGCGCACCUGCUCAUGGCUGGUUUCAUGGAUGGCUAUACUCGGUGGAUAAUUGAAGAUGAGGAUGACGAUGUUGAGGACGCCGACAGGGCAGGCAAUGAUGACACGGGGCAAGACGAAGAGAUGAUCGAUAAUGGCGGUGGGGAAGAGGCCGGACAUGGCGGCGGAGAAGGGGCCGGACAUGGCGGAGGAGAAGGGGCCGGACAUGGCGGCGGAGAGAACGACGUGGACUCCACGCAGCAGAGUUCGUCGGUACUAAGUUCAAUCGUGCGGGACCCUCAUGUUCAAGCACUGCUUUGCAAGGAGACGAGUUCUGAGAGAGCUGCUUCUAGAGAGGAGGCUAAGCUAGAGCAACUGGUGGUAGACUCGAACACUCAAUUG